AAGAUUCUGUCUCCUUCUUCGGUCCUCUAGCUUUUCCUUCUAUCUCAACUCCUCUCUCAAUUUUUGACAGUAAUCUUUACUGCAAAAAUGGCCACAGCUGGUAAGGUCAUCAAGUGCAGGGCAGCAGUGGCCUGGGAGCCCAACAAGCCUUUGGUUAUUGAGGAGAUUGAGGUAGCCCCUCCCCAGGCCAACGAGGUCCGCAUCAAGAUUGUGGCAACAGGGGUGUGCCACACGGAUCUUUACCACCUCUUUGAGGGCAUGCACAAAGAUGGCUUCCCAGCAGUCCUUGGCCAUGAAGGAGCUGGUAUUGUGGAGAGCGUCGGGCCUGGAGUCACUGAAUUUCAGCCUGGAGACAAGGUGAUUCCUCUGUUCGUUUCCCAGUGUAGAGAAUGUCGCUUUUGUAAGAAUCCUAAGACCAACCAGUGUGAAAAAGGAUGGGCUUCUGGUCGACAUGAUAUGAUGGCACCAGCAGACUCCAGGUUUACCUGUAAGGGGAAGAAGGUGCUGCAGUUUAUGGGCACCAGCACCUUCUCACAGUACACUGUGAUGAACCAGAUCGCUAUAGCAAAGAUCGACCCUGCUGCCCCUCUGGACAAAGUCUGUCUCCUUGGAUGUGGCAUUUGCACUGGAUAUGGAGCAGCAGUUAAUACUGCAAAGGUUGAACCAGGCUCCACCUGUGCUGUGUUUGGCCUGGGAGCUGUGGGAUUGGCUGCAGUCAUGGGCUGCAAGUCUGCAGGAGCCAAAAGGAUUUUCGCUGUUGACAUCAAUCCAGACAAGUUUGGGAAGGCCAAGGUGUUCGGUGCUACCGACUUUGUGAACCCCAAGGAUCACGAUAAACCCAUCAGCCAAGUGCUGGCUGAGAUGACUAAUGGAGGAGUGGACUACUCCCUGGAGUGUGUCGGGAAUGUGACAGUCAUGCGCAGUGCCUUGGAGUCUUGUGUGAAAGGCUGGGGUGUCAGCGUGUUGGUUGGCUGGACAGACUUGUAUGACGUUGCCACUCGACCCAUUCAGCUCAUCGCUGGACGCACAUGGAAGGGCUCCCUGUUUGGAGGUUUUAAGAGUAAGGAUGGUGUGCCUCAGAUGGUUAAAGCCUACCUGGACAAAAAGGUGAAGCUAGAUGAGUUCAUCACUCACAACAUGACCUUGGGCCAGGUCAAUGACGCCAUUGAACUGAUGAAGCACGGCAAAUGCAUCCGGACAGUCCUGAGUGUUUCUCCACAAUGACACCACUAUGUUGCUUUCAGUGAAGACCAAAAUCAUUUAAUCACCUGCAACUGCGUCUGUACUGAACCUCAGCACAGUAUUCAUACACACAUUACCAUGCACAUAAUAAUGGGAUCUGCACAGUGUAUGUACAUGCCUGACCUUGAACAACCAACACCUUUCAGUGGAUUAUGUGCAGAUUGUCACUGUGAGAAUCAUCUGUAAUGUUCAUGUAAGCAAAAGCUAAACAUGUCGAAAGUGCUUAUGGAGCAAAAUAAAUGGUCUAAACAGA